AUGUCCAGUUUAUCAUCUUAUGAUGUCUUUAUCUAUCAACUACUAGACAACACAACGUCACUUGUCAAUGACACCAUCACCAACUCUACAUCUACCAGUGACAUUAUCUCAGCACAAAACGCAGGUCUAGGUGUCUUGUGUGCUGCAUUUGGUGGCAUAUUUUCCAUUCUCUUCCUAGUUCCCACUCCAGUCUUUACUAAACUAAUUCACAGGAAAACUUUGUGGAGAUUUGAGAAUAGUUGGUUGAUUAGUAUGUUCUUUGGUUUGGUGUUUUGGCCACUGGUAGGGCUAUUCUGUCAGGGUUUAGUUCCAAUCUCAUCACUGGAAUAUUACUUUCAUCAAUCGUCGACUAAUUCGACCUAUCUUUCACAAGUUUCGGAUGGUUUAGAUUCGUCUAGAUUAUUUCUAGUCGAGGAUUGGAUUGGUGUGGUGGUAGCUCACGUUGUUUGGGUCGUGUUUGGCUUUUCAAUGUGGGCUCUCUCGAGUGAAUACAUUGGAUUCGGAUGGAGUGGAAUAAUGGUCUAUGGAGUUGCUUCAUUCUUCAAUAUAAUGACAUAUUGGGUUGCUGGAAAGGAUGUUGAUUAUGAGAAUGGUGCAAAUUCUUCCAUUUAUGCCUAUCCACUUCAAUACAUCUUUACCAAUUCGAAGGGAAUUGUGUUUUGUGUGGCAUUACCAUUUAUAGUGUUCGGAGUUUUGUUUCUGUGUCUGGGAUACUUUUUCGUGGAGAAGAAUACGAGAGAGAAGAGAAUGGAGGACGAAACUGUUUCUCGAACUGAAGGAGAACACAUGGAAAAAACAAUUAAUUGGACUGAGGUUGUAAAGAAGGAGACAGAACGUCAGAAAAAUGUUUCACGAACAUUGAAAAUGAGAGUUCUCUUCAAGUAUUAUAUUGGAUUGUUUUUGGGAGCUUUGGCAGGGAUUGUCUUUUUCCUAUUUGAAGUUGCAUUUCUUGCAAAGGUGACAACCAGUUCAGGAUCUUUGGUUGACAAGUUACAAAGAACUGUAGAUCCAAAUAAUUUGGCUAAUACUCCAUUUGAUUUCUUUAGAGCUAGAGUUUUUAUUAUUGGCAUUUCAUUCCCAAUUUCGUAUCCUUUCGUAUUUAUGGGAUGUUUCGUCUUGUUGCUCUACAAUAGAACAAUCAAAAAGAUGGCCCUGUGCUCUGGUGGAUUUGUCUGCAUGGGAGGUGGUAUGAAUGUCAGAGUUUUCAGAAUUUUAGGACUCAUUGUCUCAAUUUUCCAAGGAUUAUUUUGGUAUGGCAGCAUUUUACUGUUAAUCUUGGCAGAACAUUUAUAUGGAGGGAGAAGUAAUUUCCCAAUUAUCAUUCAUGCAUUCUUUGCCAUUUUGACAUCGAUUAUUUGUGGAUUGUGUUUCUUGGAAUUGAGAGGAACUAAAUUGGCAGAAAAGAUUCUGAUAGCCAUUUCGUAUUUACUAAUUUUCAUAGCCAUUGGAUUGAUUUCCUACUCUGCCUUCCCAACACAUUCUAUUGAAGGUCUUACUAAUCAAUAA